GUAAAACGCCACCAGCAGAGCAGAAGUGAGUGUGUGGAUGUGUGAGUGAGUGCGUCUUUGAGCUUUAGAGGAUCGAAUUAAACCCACAGAAGAAUUGUUUUAUGGUGAAAAUGCAUCCAGUCCGAGUCUCGAUUCCAUCGUUCCGUUCAGAAAACAACUCGGUGGAGAAAGGAUACACGGUCUUCAAAAUCGACGUGUUGGUGAAUGGCAGGCUGCACAGUGUUGAGAAACGCUACAGUGAAUUCCACGCCUUGCAUAAAAUGUUAAAGAAAAGCAUAAAGCCUCCAGAGAUUCCUUCAAAGCAUGUCAGAAACUGGGUUCCCAAAGUCCUGGAGCAGAGGAGGCAGGGCCUGGAGCUCUACCUGCAGACUGUAAUUAUGGAAAACGAGGCUCUUCCCAAAAUAUUCCUGGAUUUCCUCAACAUUCGCCAUUUUCCUUCAGUGCCAAAAACAGAGAGCUGUGGGUCUUUUGAUACAGAAUCAGAGGAACUGAGUAAACUGUCUCAUCAGCCAGUCAUGCUGCAUCUAAGAGAUCCCUACCUCCUCCCCUCUGCACACGAUGCGUUUUCUAACGUUGUGGUUGAAGGGGUGAUACACGGAGUUUUCUGCCCGGACCUUCAGCCGAGGUAGAGCCGCAGAGAUGAGCACGAAGGGCGUGUCGCCACGAGCGCGUGCUCCUCACCGUUUUAGGUUUGCAUCAGGAAGAACGUGCAUGUGAAGAUACUCUGAGCCCCGUUUUUAAUGCGAAUAACAAAUACUUGAUAUUUUUUUAAACUAAAAAGAAGAUUCCUGGUUUCAGCAGAAAACGGUCGCAUCUUGAACACUAACUUUCAUAAAUUUACUUUAAAACUCAAAACCUCACAGGCUAAAACAUUUGGAUCUUUUGGAGUGUGAAAAUGUAACAAUUUCUGUAUUUUUUGGGAAAGUUAUGAAAUAAUUCAGCACACGGAAACAACUGGAAACAUCAAUAAGGAACUUAUUUGUGUAGAAGGAAAAGAACAGGUGUUGUAGAGAGUUUAGUGUGUGAGAGGACACAGUUUCAGGAGCCGCUUUAAGUUUUGUUGCGACUUUUAAAAUUUGUCUUAA